GUUGUUUCUGAGUUUGACGCAGACCAGACUAUUGUCUGAUUUUAUUCACGUGGAUAUGUUCUUUUUAUUUCACGGUAUCAAAGAGUGAAUUUUCCAGAGGGGAAAAUCAAGUUCUUCAUGAACUGAACUCACUAGACGGUAUACGGAACUGUAUUUUGUCACUUCUAGCCGCGUUAUUCAAUUUGGGGAUAUAAUUCUCUGUGCUGUCACUCAUCGUUCUUCCAUUUGAGUUACUAAGUGGUUGCUGUUUGUCUAUUAAUUUAGGUUCCUUCCCAUUUCUAAUGAACGAUCCUAGUAUAUCCCACACCUCGAGCUUCGAGCGCUAGCGCCCCAGCUGGGGCAAGAUUGACUAAUUUCGGUGGAACCUCUAAAGUUCCUUUAAGGAAUUUCGGGAAAAUGCAACUAAUGAACCUAGAAUCCGCCCAAAAUUUUUGGAGUUGUGAUUUUCCCUUAAUGAGGCGUCACUGCAUUGCAAAGUUCACAAAAGUCAAGUAUAUUUAGCUUGAGAAAUUAUGAAAUUCCGAAGAAUUUAUCAGUUAGGAAUUGUGGACGCAUAAUAAAAGUCAAUUAUCGGUUCAUAAAAGUUUUCAGGGUGAGGCUAUAAUUUAUGGACGACCUUUGGGCGACGCUAAAAUAGCCUUGAGGAUGUCCACCUACUGACUAUGGCUCAAUAACGGUUUUAAACCAGUCUGAAGGAUAAGGAUUGUAAUUUGCAGUUGGUGGUUAGGGAUAGUGAUUAGAUUGAGGGUUUUCACCACGAACUGACAUCAGUUAAAAUGUUAAGACGCUAUUUAGCCAAAUGUAUAGCUUCGCGCCGAAAUCCAAGACCUGUUAUCGUAAAUCGGAUUGGUUCGUCCAUAAAUUAUAGUCUCGCCGUUUUCAGUUAUGCAGUUCUACUGUUGUAGAUUUUACAGAACUAGUGAUUUUCUUUCUAUAGUCAUGAACAGUCCACUGGGAAUUAUUUGCCUGGUCGAUUUGUCGUAACACUGUCAGGACUGGUCUGCACCAUCACCCAGAUUGGCUAUACAUCAUGAAUGAGCGUUAGAUACGCCAUGUUUCUUAGGUCUCACCAGUCCUGGUAAGGGAUUGGUUUCCGAUCAAAUAUCAAGGGGUUUACACGGCAGGAAUAUGGCUGUGGAACAUGGUCGACAAGAGUUAAACGCAGACGUAGCGUUCCUGCUUCUCAUGUUGAGCGCCUCGAAAACACUGUUCAGGUGUUACAGGACGACCAGGUAAGCAACGCUGAGGUCAUACGCAGGGUACUAGGGAAGAUGGAAAAUCACCUGAUGAGGCCAUGUAUGUUCACCGGUUGAGAUGUUGCCGGCAUGUGUUACGUGUAACCAACCAAUACCGACCUCGUCAUGCAAUUUUGGCAAACUUAGAAAAACACCAGGAACAGCUAAACAAUGGUCUGAGGUCAGUUCACCAUGUCUCUGACUGUUGGUCUGAGCUAUGUUUGUAGACCACCUAGUUGGCAUCCGCACAAUAAUGCCAAACACUGGUUAUAGAUGAUGAGUGAUAUGGUUCAGACGCAGGUGUUGUAUGCUAGUGUUUCUCCACACACCUCUUCACCGAUUUUUUUAAAACCACAAUCUCAAUGUUUAUUAUGACUAGACCAUUGAGGAAAAGACAAAGUAGGGCUACAAGACUGUGUGCAUAGAAAUAGCGAUAUGUUUUAGAAUCCUCAGCCAUAAGUAUUCCUAUUAUUUAGUGAAUUAGUAAUGGUGUGGUUUGCUUUAAAGUCCGCAUUUUACAAAAAGCAUUUUAAUUAACGAACUGUGAAUCAGUUCGUCCUGGUUUAUUUCACGCUGUGAAAUGUGACCAUUAACGGUAGAGGAUACUCGUAAGUUACUAGUACUUGAUCACAGAUGUCUUGGAAACAUUGCUCGAAUCACCAGGUAAGUUAUAGUGAGGCUAGACGCAGAGAAUGAUGGUAGGUCAGUUGAUGAGGCUGUGAAUCUUCAUUGACUGAGAUGAUCGGGCCACGUAUUACGCAUGUUCAAUCACCGAUUACCACGGUACGCAAUGCUGACCAGUGUCGGGUGCGGACGGAACAAAGUUAAGGGCGGCUAAACCGAAACGUGGCAUCAGUCUUUGAAGUCACUAACUUCUGAUCUGAGCCAUGUUGGUAGAUGCAGAUUACUUGGUCGGGGUCCGCGCGACAAUCGUAAGUAGUAUAUAUAUAUAAGCAUUGAAGUUACUGCUUUCAUGAAUUUGGUGUUCAUCUUGUUGUGCUAAUGAGGUAUGGCAACUUGGACUGAUGUAUAUAUGUGCCUGGUCCUACCAACUGACCGUUAUGAGCAUUAUCCUUUUUCACCGAUUCGGAAUCAUUUUCCCGCUAGUUAUAUCUUGGGUGAAAAUAUAAGUCUUAUUAUGAGGCUCUUUAUGUGAUGUAAUAGAAAGUCAUUUGCUUUUAAAUGAGCCUGAAAUUCGUUCUCUGGACUCCAGUCGCUUUGGUUCUACACUACAGUGAUACCUGUUAUCUCCUGUCUUUUGAGAUUGCUGUCUUGGCUGAAUGAGUUACUGGUUCCGAAAUUAUUUUUCCCGUCAUGUAUUUAUCGUAAAGUCACCAAUUACAAACUUUUAGAAGCUUGAGGCUCGGUCUUGUGUUUGACAUUCAACCGUUUCCAUUUUGAUACUGUUUCGAGUCGUUUAAUAGCUCCUCCGUAGCUCGCGCAUUUUACUAUUGCUAUCAUCAACCAUCUUGUUACUUGGCAUUCUCAUUUCCUCAUUGUUAUGUCGGUAAUCGUCUUAAUAUUAUGCAAAUGGGAUUUAUGGAGAGAAGAAUGGACAUACACAGAUGUACUUAAAUAUACGUACAGACCCCUGUAUAUUCUCCCUUUAACGCGAAAGAUAUGGAAACCGAGGGAUUCCUAUACGUGUUAUGGAGUCAUCAACUUACACUAAGUAACUUUUUUUCCACGUUUCUCACUCCUCCCUUCUCUAAAGUAAACUAUCACCAUCAAAUGUGCGCAAACGUUUCAUUAAAGUCUACCUUACUAAAGAGCUUGCACUUUGCUUGAUUUAACGUGCAUUCAAGUCUAUGAAAUUGAACUGUUUGUUGACUGUGUAUUCAGAUUCAUUCAGCUAAGUCAUAAAUCCAGCAUUAUGUUGUUUAUAUAUCCGUACAUAGAAAUAUAUCGAAUUGACGUUAUGUUUACUGUCGACAUGCCUUAUCCCAGAAAUAUCUUAGCUAUAGUGGCGUUUUCUUUGUGAAAUAUUUUGUUUGAUAUAAAUUUAGAAAACGGACUAAGCUGGAUAAAGGCUUAGCAAUUUAUUGGUUAGUCCUUUCAUGUAACGUCCACUAGGAUUAAAGGUUCACAAACAGAAUGAUCAAAAGGUAAGGUUUUCAAGCGAAAGAACAGUGAUUUCAUUUGCUUUAUAAUCACUGUUUUUGCUUGAGAUAAGUCCUGAGGAAUAUAGCAUAAGUUUAAGUGAAUCAAGCAUUUGUAAAAGGAAAGAUAACUGUCCAAAAGUGUUUUUUGGGUAUAUUCAAAUAACUGUGGGGAAUAAUGAGUUGUUCGCAUCAGAUGAUGAAAAACGUUGUUCUUAGCAGUUACUUCUUCAAACUUAUUAAUAAAAUCAUUUCCGUUGAAACUGAUAAUUGUAACGUUUCAUCUAGAAAGUAAUAUGCGGAGAUCUGCAGCACCAAGUCGUACUAGUCAGUCUCAAGAUCUGUCGAUAAAUUCCAACCUCGUAAAGACGGCUGAGUACAAGUCAGUUUCACACUGUUCCUCAAGUCCUAAAAUGAACAUUACGCCUACAAAUUUUAAUUUAUCUCAUGCUAUGAAAUGUUCCAGGUAUUUCGAGGCUGUAUAUGCUAAAGCAUCGACUAAAAAGCAUAAAAAAUGGGAAGGGGAUGGUUUUGUAGAGGUUGAAGGUCGAAUCAUAAAGCUUAUCAAUGAAGAUUUGAAAGUAAUAGCAUCUGCUUCUGGUCAUAAAUUAGCUUUUUUAAAUGAAAUUGAUAUUGGUUCAGUUGUUCAUAUUGGGUCUUAUGAAGCAGAGCUUAUUUCACUGAUAGAGAAGCCACAGUUAAUUAAUCUUUCCUCAAAAUCAAAUGAUGGCACUGAGGCGUUACAUGCACCGGCAAAAAUUUCGACAAGCAAACCAAGCACAAAUCUCAGUUUCUCACCAAAGACGAAUUCCAAAUCAAAACUGAAUGAGUCCUGGGGUUCUUCAAACCAUCUGGUUAUGCCCAAGCCUCCUGCUAACUGCAUUUGGUCUCAGAAUCCCGACAACCUUCCUAUUGUGGAUGUAGUUUUAGAGUCGAAGUUUGCUUCACGUCUACAGCCACAUCAAUGUGAAGGUAUUAUUUUCUUGUAUAAAUGUUUAAUGGGAUUUCAACCGUAUGUUGCUUUAAAUGAAUCUGAUGCACAAAUUACUUAUGGAUGCAUUUUAGCGGAUGAAAUGGGUCUUGGUAAGACAGUUCAAGCUAUUGCCACCAUUUGGCUAUUAAUUAGACAAGGACCGUACGGAGGUAGACCGGUUAUUCAACGUUGCCUUAUUGUAACUCCAGGUACACUUGUUCAGAAUUGGCAAAAGGAAUUCUCCAAAUGGUUAGGUCGUGAACAGUUACCCGUGUAUUGUGUAGAUCAAAAUCAUUCUGUUAAAAAAUACCUAACAAUGUCCAGUGAUUCACCGCAGGUUAUUCUUAUGUCGUAUGAAAUGUUUCUACAGCAUACUAGUGAAAUCUAUGAAAUUUCCGACUUGGAUAUGGUUGUAUGUGACGAAGGGCAUAGAUUAAAAAAUUCCAAUAUCAAUACAACUAUGGCACUUUGUCGACUACGUGCACGUAGACGUUUACUAUUAACUGGGACUCCAUUACAAAAUCAUUUGAAUGAAUUAUGGUCAUUGGCUAAUUUCUGUGUACCAGGACGUUUAACUUCAAGUUUAGAAGAGUUUCGUCGUCAAUUUGUUAUACCACUAUUAAAUAGUCGUAACUUAGUACAAAAUGUUAAAAACAAUCUUAACAAUGAUGAUGAUUGUGAUUCUUGGAGUUAUACAAACUAUGAGAAGAAUUGUGAUGAUUUAGAAAGUCCAUCAGCCAAAUUAUUCCGACUAUUGAACAGUUUCUUUUUAAGACGCACAUGUGAUGUCAUUGCACCAAAACUAACUGAUAAAACCGAACAUAUUUUGUUUUGUCGUCCGAGUAAACUGCAAACCGAUUUGGAAGCUAUACUUACACAGUGGAUGAAUAAUGAAUUUAAUUUAAGUCGAUGUGAAUCUCUUAAAUUAUUCUCACACGAUGAUGAUUAUGAAGAUUUUGUUAAAUCUGUGGAAGGCGUAUCGUCAUCACGUUCAAAACACCAUAGUUCCAUUUUAUCAAUUAUAACAGCAUUUCGAAAACUUCACAAUCAUCCAUAUCUAUUAAGAAAUUAUUUAAUACAGUCGAAUUCUACACAAAAUCAAUCAGUUGAUCGUCUACCUACAAAACUGACUGCAGAUUUGCUCCGUUUGUUGAAUUCUGAACAUUCAAUAGUGGCACAAGAUCUCUGUUUUACAAAUCUAAAUGAAUUUAUUCAAUUAUCUGGAAAGUUUCAUGUUCUUUAUAUCAUGCUGAGACGACUGUUUGACAAACAACUGUCAUCUUCGUCCACAGUGAAUUUCCAGAAAAAAUCGCGACUAUCCAACAGUAAUAGUAAAAAUAGUUUACAUAUUAAUGAUCGUCUUGUAUUAGUUUCCAAUUUUACUCAGACACUUAAUCUUUUGGAGAAAUUAUGUAAUCUAGUCACUGGACAACCAUCUCUUCGAUUAGAUGGUCAGACAACGAAUAAACAACGCGCUGAAGUUGUUCAGAGAAUCAAUGAUCCAACAUCUCAUGAUCGUAUAUUACUGCUUAGUUCACGUGCGGGUGGAGUAGGUUUAAAUUUAAUUGGUGCCAAUUACUUAAUUUUGUUCGAUAUGGAUUGGAAUCCAGCAAAUGAUGCACAAGCUAUGGCUCGUAUUUGGCGUCCGGGACAAACUAGAUCGGUUAAUUUAUACCGGUUAGUAACAGCAAGUGGUAUGGAAGAACGUAUAUUUCAACGACAAGCAGCUAAAUUAGCUUUAACCAGUCAAACAUUAGUCAAUACAUCAAUGUAUAAUGAAAAUAUUUUGGAAUUUAUUGAGACAAAAAAGAAACCUGAUAAAAAUCUUGGAAUUCUUACUCGUGAUGAAUUGAAAGAAUUAUUUCUCCUUCCCAAUACAUCAUCAGGGUCAUGGACUCAUGAACUUAUUCAGUGUAAUUGUAAUCAGUCUCUAGAAAAGAAACCUUUCACCCCAAGUCCUUCUCUCUCAUCAUCAUCAUCAGACAUUGAAAACUAUGAUUCUGCCGAUGAAAUUGUAGUGAAGAGUUUUAUAGAUUAUUCUCAUGAACUUGACGAUAAAGAGAACAGAAAAGAAGAAAUUGAAUCAUCAGGACACACUACUGGUAUUAUCAAUGAUGGGAAUGAAGACGAUGAAUAUUCCAAUAUUAGAAUAUUUCAAUUAGGUUCUACAAAUCCACUUAUUACUGAGAGCUUGAAAUCACCCAAAUCCCAAUUCACCGAUUUGAAACAACAGUCAGCUUCAAUGCCAACGAAAACUCAUAAGUUACCAUCAUCUGAUUCACUUGGUUUUCUAUUGAAUUGGAAACAUUCUUUUUCAUCUGAACAAAUAGAUCAGUUGAAUGAUCGACUUUUAAUAACACAUCAAUCGGACCCUAUGAAAUCCUUAAUAAACUGUAUAUUUACACUAAAUUCGAAAGCAUCUUAAGUAUUUAGUAUUUUUUUAAGUUAUCUUCAUUAUAUCGAUUAAUUUUCUCACCUCUCUUUAUGCCUUUCUUGGAUAAUGACUUGAGUGUAUUCAUAAACAGUCCUAUUUAUAAUGCAUACCGUUAAGUGCUGUUUGUGUAUUGGGGAAGAUGUUCAUUAAAAUACAUGUUGUCCUUCAAUGAAUGAAAAUGUGGCUAUUGUUAGGUUUGUC